CCAAACGUCAACUUCACAGCUCUCAACCUCGUCUUCUCCCCUCCUUCCCGCAGGCCUGGAGACCGAUCUCGAAGUUCCAUCAUUGACCCAAAGAAGUCUACUGUCCAGCUGUGCUUGCCCCGCGAGUUUCCGAGGGCCAUUUGCAACUCCCCCACGGGCUUUAUUACGGAUUUGAUUUGCUUAUUACUACUACUGACUCUCGAUUCAUUGCAAUUUACAAAAUGUCUUCUUCCGAGGAGCACAAAGGGAAGAAAACUACUCCAAUCGAGAUGUACCAAGCAGACCUGAAGAGCAUCCCCUCGGACGUCUCAGCCUUGCUAUCAAGCUACUCCGGCAUCCCCGUCGACCAGCAAAAGGCGCAUAUCACGCAAGUCCGCGACCAGGCGUACAAAACUCAUCCGUACCCGUGCCUCGGACGCUGGCGGUUUUUGGAGCUCGACCUAGCCAACCAUCCGCUUUAUCGCAGCGACGUCCUCCCUCCACUGGCAAAGCAACAGAAGGCCGAGCAGGCCGAGACGUGGGUGUUCCUCGACUUGGGGACUUGUCUGGGCCAAGAUGUCCGCAAGCUGAUCUUCGACGGAGCGGACGUUUCGCGCUUGUACGGCGCGGAUCUCAAGCCUGAAUUUAUCAAUAUGGGAUAUGCACUGUUUCGGGACGAGGACAAAUUCCCGCGUGACCAUUUUAUCGCGCCCGCGGAUGUUUUUGACUUGUCUACGGAGACUGAGCUCAGCAGGAAAUGUGACGGCAAAGUAGGGAUCCUGCAUGUAUCUGCCGUGUUCCACCUGUUCGACCUGGCGCAGCAGAAGAUCAUGGCGGAGCGGUGCUUACGAUUGCUUGACCCCAGGAGGAAGAGGGUGCUGCUUUGUGGUGGACAGGUUGGGAAUGUGAACCCCAGUGAAUUUCCCCGAGCAAGUGGUCGGGGUACGAGGUUCCGGCACAACGAGGAAAGCUGGAGACAGUUAUGGGAGGAAGCUGUAGGAGGCAAUGAUGACUGGAAGGGCAAGAUACAAGGCGUAGAAGUGGGUUGUAUAAUGGAGGAGCAUGUCUUCAGCGAGGAAAUGGCUGCGCCUGGCGGUCAAGAUGAAGGAGAGAGGAACAAUACUCAGAGACAGAUCGGAAGAGUUGAAGAGGGCUUCAGAUGGAUGAAGUGGUGGGUUUGGGUCAAUUUUACCGAUCCUUGGAAGCCAUGAAAGACGGAUGGGGGACGCAGCGCGAGACUGUAUGUGUGUAACCGGUAUGGCUCCUCAGCUGCUACUGAAACCCCUGACGAGUGCAAUUCGAACGAGGUACUCUCGCAAUGUUACUAUGUACUGAAGCCGCAGCUGUCACAUCUCUUCUCUGUCAGUUUGAUGGCGAGACCCUUCUCUUUAGAGUCACCCAAUAUCAACUUGAGGGACCUCUAACU